AGUGGCUGAGUCAGUGCUUUUUAUUUUUUUUUCUCAUCAGGCCAUGCGGCUUUAAGCAUUACAGUCCGGGAAGUAAAGGCACUUCCUUCUUCCUACCAUACUUGUACUGCAACCAGUCAGUUUAGUAGCGCGUCUGUCGCUCGUGGCAAUGGGGAUCUCGGCGCUUGUUAGAGGUUGACUUCCGUACGUCUCUGUGGCGUUUAAACAGCCGAUGCCGCCUUGUUCAACCCGGAAAACCACACAAUCGCAGUGUAAUAACACUGGCCGAAGUGCAGCUCUUCAUUUUUUUUCUUUAAGCCACAAUGGCUGCGACGUAGCGCAACUUUUCUGAUCCAAGGUGGAUGACCGACGGCGCUCGGAGGUGCCGCAAACUUUCUCACCCUUGCAGGAGACGUCAAGGAGAGUGGCAACAUGAAGAAGCAGUUUAAUCGCAUGAAGCAGCUCGCCAACCAGACUGUUGGACGGGCUGAGAAAACUGAAGUCUUGAGCGAUGACCUCCUACAGAUCGAGAGGCGGCUGGAGCUGGUACGCUUGGUGUCGCACAACACGCACAAGAGGCUGGUGUCCUGUCUGCAGAGUCAACUGGGCACGGACACCGAGAAGAGACAUAAAAAGCUUCCCCUCACGUCGCUGUCCCAGACCAUGCAGGAGGGAGGCAGCCAGCUUGGAGAUGAGAGUUUGAUCGGCAAGAUGAUGGAUGUGUGCGGGGAGGCAGAAAGCAAGUUAGCCACCGAACUCAUGCAUCAUGAGCUGCAGAUCGAGAGAGACAUACUGGAACCUCUGAACCAGCUGGCAGAGGUGGAAAUCCCCAAUAUACUGAAACAGAGGAAGCAACUGGCUAAGCUGGUUCUCGACUUUGACUCGGCUAAGACGAGGUAUUUGCAGGCUGCAAAGUCCAGCAACAUGGCCAUGGCAGCUAAAGCAGAUAUGCUCAAAGACGAGAUGGAUGAGGCCCUCAACAAAGUCGAAAUAUGCAAGGACCAGCUCUCUGCAGACAUGUACAGCUUUGCCUCCAAAGAGGGAGAAUAUGCACGCUAUUAUGUCAUGUUACUAGAAGCCCAGGCUGAGUACCACAGGAAGUCUCUGGCAACACUGGAGGCAGCUAUACCUACUAUCCAAAUGCAGCAAGACUCCUGGACGGAGAAGCCGGCGUACGGCACGGCCCUGGAGGAGCACCUGAAGAGGAGUAACCGUGAGAUCGCCCUGCCCAUCGAGGCCUGCGUCAUGAUGCUGCUGGAGACCGGCAUGAGGGAGGAGGGUCUCUUCAGGAUAGCUGCUGGAGCUUCUAAACUGAAAAAGUUGAAAGCGGCGUUGGACUGCUCCACCUCACAGCUUGAGGAGUUCUACUCCGAUCCCCACGCCGUCGCUGGAGCCCUGAAGUCCUACCUCAGGGAACUUCCUGAACCUCUAAUGACUUAUAGCCUCUACGACGAGUGGACACGGGCCUCUAAUGUUUCGGACCCUGACAAGAGGCUUCAGGAGUUGUGGGUGACAUGUGACAGUUUGCCAAAGGCUCACAAAGCCAAUCUCAGGUAUCUUGUGAAGUUCCUGGCUAAACUGGCUCAGGACAGCGACGUCAACAAAAUGACCCCCAGCAACAUUGCCAUAGUCCUGGGACCCAACCUGCUCUGGGCGAAGAACGAAGGGACACUGGCAGAAAUGGCAGCAGCUACAUCUGUCCAUGUGGUGGCUAUCAUUGAGCCCAUCAUCCAACAUGCAGAUUGGUUCUUCCCUGAUGAGGUGGACUUCAAUGUGUCAGGCAUGUUUGCCAAGGACACCCAUCCGUCAACUCCAGACCCUGAAUCCGGCUUCGAUAGGAAACGCCCCGGAAGCAUGGGGCAGGACGGGGACAGUCACACUCCCCGUAAAGACAGCCCUGUUAACAAACAGCCGGAGCCGGCUCCACGCAGACUCACGACAAAUAGAAAGCAGUUUCCGCUAACCUCACCCACCUCCCAACCCCUAUUGCCCCCUCUGGAAGCCGGUGGCCCUCCGCAGCUUGAGCCCCAGCCUCAAGCUUCGUCCUCGGCUCCAGAGGCUCAGAAGCCUGGCCUGAGCGGUGCUGGUAUUGGUGGUGGUGGUGGUCUAGGUGUUGGGGUCCAUGUAGCCACAGUGAAGCCUCAUGUUGUAACCCAGCUCAGCGCAGAAGAGAGCAGCCCCGCCCGCGAAAUGAUGUCCACCCCGCCUCCCCAGAGGAAUGGUUCCAUUCAUCUUUCAGUGGGAACGCCGCACCCUCAGGGCGGGUCCAGGGGGCCUAGCCCACACAUGAUCCGGAGAGGGACAAAGAAGCAGGCCCCAGCCCCACCGAAGCAGACCAGCCCCUUCGCCUCCCAGCUAGGUGCGCAGGGUUCCCCUCAUCACCCGCCCGUCAUGGCCCGCCGGCACACCAGCAGAGACGGGCCCGCCCACGCCCCGAGCCACCCUCCCCCGCAGCCUCCUCAAGCCCAACAUGCCCAAGGCGAAUCUGAGCCCUCCCCUCCGAGCACUCCCACGCCGCCUGACACUCCACCUCACGAUGGGCCGCUCAACAGCCCGCUCUCUUCCUAUCCCUCCGGAUCUCUCCCCCGUCCCGCUAGGCCGGCUCCGAAGCCAAGGGUCAGACCCAGCAUGCCGCCACCCCCACAGCCUGCGACAAAUGACGAAGGUAACGGCAUACCCAGCUCUGCCUCCAAGAUCAUAACAGAAGGAGGCCUGUUCCUGUCCAAGGGGACUGGAAGAGCUAUUAUCCCAGCGGUAAUUGCGGACCACCAACCGGAGAGCUCUGCUGGUCAUGAGCCCGCCGCCUCAGACCUGCACCAAGACCCCGACGCUCCAUCAGAGAGCACCGCUCUGUGAACGAAGAGGAACCCCCUCCCUCCUCCACCUCCACCACCACCACCACCACCACACUCAGCUGUUAGAUAUGUUAAGAGUCAAAUACGAGACAGGUGACCCCGAAAAGGCAAAGGUUCACUCCACCUCUUCACGCUCCCUCCCAUCGCGCCGCAGUGCUUUCUGGACAGCUGCCUUUUUUUUUUUUUUUGCUAUACUGACUCAAACCAGGGACCUUGUUUAACAUCGGUGGUUUAAACCACAAAACUCUCGCUGACACGGCGCUGUAUGUAUGUCAGGCUUUACAGUGAACUCAUUUUGUUCUAUUUACUGCUGGAGAAACGUUUGCGAAUUGACUGCAAGACCUUGCUAGACUCGAGGCUAAUGGAGCGUAUAACCUCAACAAAUUUAGCCAAAGCUUGUUGGUCAACGAAUGCUUUAAAUUCUCUCCAUUUUUUUGUUCCUUUUUAAAUCCUGUACUUAAGAUGCAGUGAUAUAAAUUCUGACAAAAAUCUGUGAAAGUGGGUUUAACAAUAGGGUGUUUGUUGUUGUUUUUUUUUCUUUCUUUUUUUUACCUCAGCCUGUUGAUUACAGAAUGUUAAACCAGUGCCAGGUGAGCGUUACACGUCAUGAACCUGAAUUGCGAUGUUUCUCUUGAAUGUUUUCAACAGUCUACUAUAAAGGACCAAAGAAAUGGCUGCAUGCCAAAGGAAAUACAGUUCAAAUUUAAAUCUGUUCAGGGUUAAUAAGGGCUGCCAAUGACCAAAUAUUUGGCAAGAGUGCAAUAUGAAAUUCAGUCGUCUUCCAGUGGCGGGACAUGCGUGGCCACUUAAGGUAUUUCUGACACUUUUACUUCACUAUAUCCAGCGGUCCACUGAGUGGGUGGGGGAGGGAUUUAAUAGUGUUGCUCCAUCAGAAUUUUGUUUGAUUACAACUCACCUGAUUUAGAGAUUUAUAUAUUUGAUGCUCAAAGAUUCGAUUUCACAAUUAAAAGGGAGUUUUUUUUUCCCCCCUAUCAAACUGAUUGUAAUCCCCCAGUCAGACCCAGCUAUGACCAAAUAAUUCAAAUCGUGUAUACUUUUUAUAAUGGCUCACAUAUUUGCCUUGUUUAGGGGUUUUUCCCAACUCUGUGAUUAUUCCUUUUCAGAAUUUUUAUGGUGGCUUUUCUGCACAUGACGCCUCAUAUAAUGCAUCAUUACCCUUAAUAAUUAAAGAUCGUGUUUUUUUUCUCA